AUAACACCAGAUAACUCUAUGAUUCUUCAAAGCAGAUUCACCCUUAUCAAAAUUGGGAUAGAUCACCUUUUUAGCCACAAAAUGUUUCUGUUUCUAAAAUUUGUUCAGAUCAUCAUGAUUUUGAUAAUAUGGCCCAUAUUCAUAUAUCCACUUGCAUCUGCACAAUAUUCUUCAACAACAGCACAAGCAAAACCUGGCUGUGAAAACAUGUGUGGAGAUGUUGAUAUCCCUUACCCUUUUGGAAUGAACCAUCCCAAGUGCUACGCACACAAGUGGUUUGAAAUAGAAUGCAGAAACAGUACUAAGAAGAAAGUACCUUACCUCAAACAAAUGAAUUUGGAGGUAAUCUCCAUUGAUGUGUUAGGCACUGUUGUGAUCAUGAAUCCAAUUUUCCGCUGGAACUGCGGAGGGAAUAAUUCCCUGCCAGUGGUAGAACUGACAGGAAGCCCUUUCGUGUAUUCCCAGGAUCGGAACACAUUUUUGGCCGUAGGUUGCAAUAACAUAGCAAUUUUGCUGUCAAAUGGCUCUCAGGUUGGUGGUUGUGUAUCCAUUUGUGAUGACAGUGAUGAUCUUGACAAGUUCAUCGCCGCGCUGGAGCAAGGCGGAAUAGGAGAUUAUGGAUAUCAUGGAUAUCAUGGAUACUUGGGGUAUGGCUAUCGCCCUGGCAUGCAACACCGUACAAACUGCCAUGGCAAGUACUGUUGCGAGACUUCUCUGCCCACACACCUUGCUGAGUACAACGCAACAAUGGAGAACCUAAUCAGCAUGAAUCACGCCAUGAGGAGCAGUAAUCAAUGCAGUUACGUGGUGAUUGCAUCACUACAAUCAUAUUAUGAAUACUGGAACGACGGUUAUGCUUACCAGUACGAUGAUUCAAGUAUAGUUCGUGAAAUGAAGCAUUUACAUCAUGUUCCUGCGGUGCUUGAGUGGGAAAUUUCAAAAAACAUGUCAAUCAAUUCCACCCAGCUCAAGGGUGGAAGAGGAAAUUCAUCUUCCUACUACUGCUAUACCUCUAAUGUUACUUCUUCACGCUCAGGUUGGAGAUGUUUAUGCAGAGAUUCGUUCUAUGGCAACCCCUACAUUGCUGGAGGCUGUGUCGAAAAUGAAUAUCGGGAAACACACAAAUCCCGCGCCAAAGUUAUAAUUAAAGUUAUAAAGUGGGUCUUAAUAGGAAUUUUUUCAAUCCUUGGAUCCAUCAUUUUCGCCCUUGGUUUUUGGCGGUUGUUCAAAGUUCUAAGGAGAAUUAUAAUAAAUAAACGCAGAGAAAUGUUCUUCAAACGAAAUGGAGGUUUGUUAUUAGAACAAAGAUUGUCUUCAGGUGAAGUUAAUGAUGACAAAGUUAAACUUUUCAACCUAAGGGAUUUAAAGAAGGCCACAGAUAACUUUAAUGUGGACAGAGUACUUGGAAAGGGAGGUCAAGGUACCGUUUACAAAGGCAUGUUGGUAAAUGGGACAAUUGUUGCUGUGAAGAAGUUUAAAGUCGAAGGAAAUGUUGAAGAAUUCAUCAAUGAAUUUGUCAUUCUUUCACAGAUUAACCAUCGAAAUGUGGUUAAGUUGUUAGGAUGUUGUUUGGAGACAGAGAUCCCUUUGCUUGUCUAUGAAUUCAUUCCUAAUGGCAACCUUUAUGAAUAUUUGCAUGGACAGAAUGAUGAGCUGUCAAUGACAUGGGACAUGCGCUUGAGAAUUGCAGCUGAAAUUGCAGGAGCUUUGUUUUACUUACAUUCAGCUGCUUCUCAUCCCAUUUAUCACAGAGACAUCAAAUCCACAAAUAUAUUGCUCGAUGGUAAGUAUAAGGCAAAAGUAGCAGAUUUUGGCACAUCAAGAAUGAUUUCCAUUGAAGCUACUCACCUCACUACAGUUGUCCAGGGAACUUUUGGAUACUUAGACCCUGAAUAUUUCCAUACUAGUCAAUUUACAGAAAAGAGUGAUGUCUACAGCUUUGGGGUGGUUCUUGUUGAACUUUUAACUGGGCAAAAGCCAAUAUCUUUGCUGAGGCCACAAGAAGCCAAAAGUUUAGCUCCAUAUUUUGUUCUCUGCCUGGAGGAAAAUCGUCUGUUAGAUAUCAUUGACGAAAGGAUCAUGGAAGAAGGGGAGAACCAACAUAUCAUUGCAAUUGCCAAUCUUGCAAGUAAAUGCUUAGAGUUGAAUGGGAAAAAAAGGCCAACAAUGAAAGAAGUGGCAAUGGAAUUAGAUGGGACUCGAAAAUUGGUUGAAAUGAAUUCUAAUAAACAGGAACAUCUGAUGCACUUAGCAUCACUUAGCAUCUGUUAAUUAGGAAUAUGAUGCACUUGUUAGCAUCUGUUAAAUAAGAAUUAGAACAGCUGUCAUAACAGCUGGCAGCAAAGUAGUAUAAAUAAGGCCAUUAGGCAGUUAGAGAUGUUAUGUUAGUUGUAACAAGAAUUUUAUCUCUCUAAUCUCAAUUCUCAGUUCCCUUCUCUCUC